AUGACAACUCUUAUAAACUUAGCACGAAGUCCUUUGAUUGGAUACAUCAAUGCUACUUUAGAUGGACUGACAACCAUAAGGACCUCAAGAAUUCAAGACACAUUGCGAAAAGAAUUUGACCAACAUCAAGAUUUGCAUACUUCAUGUUCUUACAUGUACAAAUGUUGUGAGAAUGCAUAUCACAUGAUGCUAGCAACCGACGAAAUAAUUCUCAUGACUUUCGCAGUUAUCCUUUUUCUAGCACUAGAUGAGAAAAUGGCAGCAACAAAAGUUGGACUUGUUUUGUCGCAAAUAUUUAGUUUGACAACUUCAGAGCAUUGCUUCUAUGAUACGAUAACUAAAUUUCAGAAUCAAAUGAUAACAGUAGAAAGGCUUUUGGAGUACACUAAACAAAAACAAGAAAGCAAAGAUGGUUUAGUAAUAGAACACUGGCCAAAGGGAUGUGAAAUACGAUUUAAAGACGUGUCCCUUUCUUACAAGAGCGACCAAGACCAUGUUUUAAAACAUUUAAAUUUCGUCAUAAAAAAUAAACAAAAAGUUGCCAUCGUUGGUAGGACUGGUUCAGGAAAAACGUCAUUGAUUUCUACACUCGUCCGACUUUACGAUUUUGAAGGAACCAUUUUUAUUGGCAACGUAGACAUCAAAACACUUCCAGUGGAUUUCCUCAGGUCAAAAAUAUCUGUAGUUCCACAAGAACCUACUACAUUUUCGGGAACGUUACGUGAAAAUAUUGAUCCUAGAGGACAAUAUUCAGACGAUGAUAUUUGGAAAGCUAUUUCAACCGUGAAUUUGUCACUCUUUCGAAAUUUGGAUGAGAAAAUUGGCAAUAAUUUAAGCGUUGGUCAAAAACAACUGAUUUGUAUGUGUAGAGCUCUAGUUCGGCGUAACAAAGUCGUAAUUUUCGACGAAAGUAAUGCCAGUGUCGAUUCCGAUACCGAAGCUUUGAUACAGAAAGUAAUAUCAGACAUUUUUGCUGAAUGUACAGUCAUCGCAGUGAUGCACAAAUUGCGUUAUGUUUUAAAUUUUGACUUAGUAUUGGUUGUAGAUAAAGGUAUGGUUAUUGAGUAUGGUGAUCCAUCUAGUUUGCUGGAGAAAAAAAAUGGCAUGCUUAGCAACUUAUUUAAUAGACAAUAG